AUGGAAGAGGAUUCAUCCUCUGAAAGGGGAAAUGGUCAAGAAAUUCCUGGACCAAGUCGAAAACGAUGUUAUCCGAGUGCUUGGAUGUCUGAAACGGAAUCGCACGUGAUGAAAAAUAAAUUAAAAAGAUCGCAAUCGGAAACCAAGACGGAAUCAAGUAAAACAGGGCUUCUGGGACCGCUGCGCUCCAGAUCUCAAGAAAGUAGACAAGUUGUGGAGGACACAUCGCAAACACCUCUGGCAUUAGCCACCAUCAGCAGUUUUCAACUUUUCUCAUCCGAUUCGGAGACUUCUGGUUACACCACCGAGAGCAGUUAUCAAACGGCCUCUGGAUACGAGCGUCUUCCACAAACCAGCUCCUAUGCCAGUAUCCGAACUUAUUACGGACCUUCACCUGCGGAUUUCCUCUGGGAGAUUCACCUGGCAAUCGAUCCUUCAGCCACUGGAGAGGAGAUUCAGUCCAUGCACCAGGACAUGCGGGCUUUGCUGAUCAACGAGAUGCAUUUGAUCGGAGACACGAACAAUCAAGCCAUCUAUCUUAUAGCAUAUAAUUAUAUGUGA